AUGGAUCAACUCGCAGCCGUCCAGCGCCCCAUGGGCAUUUUUGAGCAGUACAUGGCUCCCAGCACCCAAGCCUUGGUCCUCGAGGAGAAGGUCUUUUCCCUUUCGCAGGACAGCUUCGACGUCACCAACAUCAGUGGUGAGCCCGUCCUCAAGAUUGAGGGUCGCCACAUGACCAUCUCGGGUCGCAAGACCGUUAGGGAUAUGGCAGGCCAGCACCUCUUUGACAUUGUCAAGGAGAAGAUGCACCUGCACGCGACAUAUGUAGCCGAGGACCCCAUGGGCAAGAAGCUGAUGGAGGUGAAGAGCUCGUUUCAGGUCGUGGGAAGCAAGGCAACCGUCACGUUCAUGUCCAAGGGCGACCACGCCGAGACGCUGGUCAUGAAGGGUAACUGGCGCGACACGUCGGCAGACAUUGUCUGCGAGAACACGGGUGCCGUGGUGGCACGCAUUGACCGCAAGCUCCUGAACAAGCGUGAGUUGAUGGGUAGCCAGCAGACGUACGCGCUCAUCGUGGCGCCUGGUGUGGACAUGGCCCUGAUGGUGGCGGCGUGUGUCGCGCUGGAUGAGAAGAACAAUGAUUAA